GGUGUCCCGCAUGGACGUCAUUUUAUAAAUUCUUCUUAUUUUCUUUUACGAAAUUUAAGGAAAUUCUGAAGCCGUUCUAUUGCCUAAAUAAAGGAUAAACUGCAAUAAUUCUCGUAUUUAAAGUAAUUUCUAUUUUUGCUUUACUGUACAAGGCCAUCAGGUUAUUAUGUUACUCAACAAAACCAGGUUGGUGGGUUACACGAAUCGGUCUCGGAAGAGCAAUAUGGAGGGUAACCCCACGUCAGAUAUCGUUAUCCUGAGCGGCAAUUCGCAUCCGGAGCUCGCCGAUCUCAUCGCUAACCGCCUGGGUGUUCGCAAGGGAGGAUGUUCAGUGUAUCAUAAGACCAAUAGAGAGACCAUAGUAGAGAUUGGAGAUUCUAUCCGUGGAAAGAACAUCUACAUAGUCCAGACUGGGACUAAAGAUGUCAACAACAAUAUAAUGGAACUCUUGAUCAUGGCAUAUGCCUGCAAAACCUCUUCAGCCCGAUCCAUUGUCGGAGUCAUUCCAUACCUUCCAUACAGCAAACAGUGCAAGAUGAGGAAACGCGGCUGCAUUGUAACCAAGCUGCUCGCCAAAAUGAUGUGCAAGUCUGGUCUAACUCACAUCAUAACCAUGGAUCUGCAUCAGAAGGAAAUACAGGGCUUUUACGAGUGCCCGGUUGAUAAUUUGAGGGCAUCACCUUUCUUGCUCCAGUACAUUCAAGAGAGUAUUCCAGACUACCGCAACUCUGUAAUAGUGGCUCGCAACCCCGGGUCUGCUAAGAAGGCGACGUCCUAUGCAGAGCGGCUUCGUCUUGCCAUUGCAGUCAUACAUGGCGAGCAAAAAGAGGCAGAGAGUGACGAAGUGGAUGGACGAUAUUCGCCGCCAUGUUUACAGAGCGUGGACAGGUCGCGUACAAUGGACGUGAGCGUGGGUGUGCCUGUGCACCCAGCCAAGGAGAAGCCUCCAAUCAACGUGGUCGGCGACGUCGGCGGCAGAAUAGCCAUCAUGGUGGAUGAUAUGAUCGACGAUGUGGCUUCAUUCGUAGCUGCAGCCGAGGUCCUCAAAGAGUGCGGCGCAUACAAAAUCUACGUCCUGGCCACACACGGCCUCCUCUCGUCAGACGCGCCCCGCCUCAUCGAGGACUCGCCCAUCGACGAGGUGGUGGUCACCAACACCGUCCCGCACGAGCUCCAGAAGAUGCAAUGCCACAAGAUCAAAACCAUCGACAUAUCCGUUCUCAUCAGCGAAGCCAUCCGUCGCAUCCACAACAAAGAAUCUAUGUCGUACCUAUUCAAAAAUGUCACCCUGGAAGACUAAUUUUUAUAUUCCAUAUUAUUAAGUAUUAUUUUUUAAAGUAUUGUGUCCUUGUUUAGAUUGUGUCAUCGAUAUAACUCCAAUUUGUAUUAUACGGAAGAGUAUUGUAGAGGUGUAUUUUUAUAGAGCUAAUAUCAGUCGAAUAUAAGCUACAUUUUGUCGUGUAUUUAUGGUAUUAAUUUUUGUAUUUUACUGUAUUAUCAUUUCAUAUUGUUAAUGGAGUUGUAAUUUAAGUAUUAUUAUUGUUCAACUGGUUAUGUUACGUGACACAAGCUGCACUAUCUUGUUUUUUAAAAGGAAACUAAUUGGUGCGUUUAUUUACUAAAUUGUUCAUCGGUGGCCGAGCCUCAGUCAAUAGGUUUAGUUUGAAAUUGGACCUUACAGUUCUGUGAUUUAAAGUUCUUCACACUGUGAUUAUUAAGAUGUUCAAAUCACGCAAUAAACUUUGUAUGUUUUGUAUUAUAAAACAACUUUAUAAUGAUAAAUUUUAUGUGAAUGUUUUAAAAUGUCUGCAUAAAUAUGUGGCCAAGAAUAAGAUCGAAAAUAUCUGCACACGCUGAGUAGCACAGGUUCCAGUAAGCAUCACAUACUGGUAUCGCUUUUAUGAAUGAUGGCCUGUAGAUAUGAUAAAUAGUGUAAAAUAACUGUAUAAUAGAGGUAAGACAAAAUGUAUUGUUUUGUUAGAAUAUCAUAUAAAAUAAAGUGUCUGCGGCAUUA